AUGUCUGACACCCGUGUGCCCAUUCAACCUUUGAGGAGGGAGGCUCACGUCCUAUCAACACAUUUAGAAUGCGUUAGGCAAAGCAAUCAACUACACGGGACACAUCUGUUGCUGCAAACGUUUUUGCAUCGGCGUCAGCACGUGCUCUCGGUGUGUAAUGACGACAGGCAUAAUGGGGACACCGUAUUGUGA